GACAAGGCUCUGUAAGCAGAUCAGCCUCUUCUAUAUCUUCAGGAUGUUGUGUGGUCACACAGAGAUUCAAGACCCAGGGUGCUGGUCGGCCCCUGAGGACGGAGACCAGUAAAGCCAGGCCCCCAUACAGUCCUCAGGGAUGUUCUCUAGGGGUCACGAGAGGGGCCUCAGUGGAGGAGAUGAACCCAAAGGGACAGAGGCACCUCAGAGUCCACACAAGUGGUCCAAGAGGAGGGAGCUGGGGGGGGGGAAGAGGACUCAGAGCCCCAAGGUGAGUCGCAGCAUGCGGAGGAAGCUCCAGAAGUACCUGCAGGGCCCGGCGGGGCCUGUGGAGCCCUCCAUCCACCAGCCCCAGGACCAGCACACCCCUGUGGAGAUGCAGCAGGACAUAUUCAUCUGUGGCCUGAAGAGAAACCCCUCCAGUGGAGAAUUGCCUGGACUCCACUCCUCCCUGCCCAACGGCCGCAGUCACACAGUGACUCUAAACCCACCUGUGGCUGGGGAGAUGGAGCUGAACAGGGAGGGCUUCAUCAACGCCCCCUGUACUGUACGCACCAACGGCCCCACCACUAGUCUCCCCACCUCUCCCUCUGGAGAGAACAGCAGCUCUGAAUGUCAGGAUGGGAUCGGGGUUGUGGAGGACACACACAGGCCUUCUCCUAUUGAAGGGAAAGAAGAAGAAGAGGAGGAGAAAGAUGAGGAGGGAGAAAAAGGGUCCAGUGACAUCGUCGAGCACAUAUUGAAAGAACUGCGAGGGAUCAACAAGAUCCAGGAGGACAUAUCAGACCUGCGGCAUUACCUGACCUCUGUGAGGGGCUCUGUGGACGAGGUCUCCUGCUGUGUGGAUGCAGUGCUGAAUGAGAUAGGGGAGCUCUGCUCCUAUGGAGCCUCGGCACCAGGACCCCAGACCCAGCUCUAUUCCCAGACACCUCAGAGGCUCAGCGUCAGACGCGGCAGCCUAGGCAGACAGAAUGCUGUCACAGCCUUUCACAGGAGGGCCACCAGUCCUUUACUGGAGCACCGGCACGAGUCUUGGGACAAAGACCCAGUGAUGAUGAUGAUGCCACCCCAGGGGUCACCUAAGAGAUGGAGAGAAAGGUUACCUCCUUUCCAACCUGAACUACCCGACCAGGAGAACUCAGAUCACAGCUCAGACGUGCCCUGUUCAGGGCCAGGGUCCAGCCUCUCCAACCUGGAGCGGGGGUAUGCCCAUGAUUGCCCCAGCACCAGCUCCCUGUCCUCUGGCCAAAGCUCCAACACUCUGGACCGGGACACCAGGUACCGCUCUGGUAAGGCUGGGGUGUGGCAGAGCGGUUGGGCAUCGGCGGACAUGCAGCGUAGUGUGAGUGGAGAUGGGGGGUGGAGUGGGGAGAAUGGCUGGAGUGAAGAGGACGUCUGCUCCUGUCUGAACAGUGGAGAGGAGGUGGAGGACCACUGUGGACGGCCAGGUGGCUGGGACAGGUACACCACAGGAGAGACCAGCUGCACCCCAGGCCAGUCCUCCCACAGCAGCUCAGAGCACCUGUCCCUGCUGUUCAGCUGCCACAAAAACUCCCCCUCCAGCUCGUCCAGUGUGGUGGACUGGCGGCCCCCCAGGCAGCAGGGCAGCAAUGGACACUUGGAGUGUGACUGUUCAGCCAACUGCCCAUACUCCCGGAGCUCUGGCUACCACACUGUAGACGCCUUCGCUGAUGAUGUGGGGAGCUGUGGGCCGUCCAGGAGCAUGAGUCACUCCACUGUGCUGCUCACAGACUGUGAUGAUGGCUACCUGGAGCCGCACUCCUCCUGUGACCAUCGUCCGUCCUCCUUUGAUGCCCUGGACACGGGAUCUGCUUGGAGCCUGGACAGGGAGUGGACUGAACAGUCUGUCCCAGGAGACGAUGCAGGAGAGUGGGAGUCAGGGGACCUGCCUAUCCCUGAACCUGAGAACACCCAGCCCCUCAAUGUGGGAUUUGAUAUGAAGAGCAUUGGGGAGGCUGUGCUCAAUUUCAGGUCAGCUCUGAAAGGGGCUCUGAGGAAGCUGGAGGGGUCCAGCCUAGAACAUGGUAGAGAUGACAGUGAGUCUGAAGCAGCUCCCUCUCCUGUCAGACCCUGCUCCCCUGAUCCUCCUGAAGGAGAGAUCACUCUGCCAACUGAUCACGUCCGCUCUGGGUCUCCACUGGAAGAAUACAGUGAGGCCUCAGUGUAUGUGGACUGCAGCCCAGCCCAAGGGAACCUGCUGUGCUCCCUACAAGCAUCCACAAAGGAAAGUACUCACUCCCCCUGCACCCCUACUGAAUAUCACUCCAUGGAGCAUUUAGAGAGCCGAGAAGAGUAUCAGACUGAUGGAGAACUGUCCAACCCAGAGCUGACAUCAGACCACAUUCCUCCUGGAGGGGCUGGGCAUAGUCCAGGAGAGUCUAACCUCAGCCCAAGGGGGAUAGGGUUAAGUCCAAUAGGAGAGGACCAUGAUGGAGCUGAUCAGGAUGAGUGUAGUGAACAGGAUGUUGUCAGCCCUAAGGAACGACUUGCUAAUCUGCAGCGCAUCCUAAAAGAAAAGAGACAGAGACGCAAACUGUCCAAAUCUUCCCAAGGAUCCCAGUCCACUUUCUCUGAGGAGGAGUUCAAUCCAGACGGCAGCAGGGAAGAUGACCAGGGACGAGAUGAUGAACCCAACUCCAGACAAGCUUGGAUCAAGCCAGGCGGUGGAAGUGGUUUGUUUGGGAUUGACAGCAUGCCAGACCUUCGUAAGAGGAAGCCUAUACCCCUGGUUAGCGACGUGGCUAUGUCACUGGUCCAGGCCAGGAAGGCUGGAAUCACCUCUUCCAUGGCCGCACGCUCCUCUGUCAAAGACGAGGAGCUGAAGAACCACGUUUAUAAGAAGACCUUACAGGCUCUGAUUUACCCUAUCUCCUGCACCACGCCCCAUAACUUUGAGGUGUGGACGGCCACGACGCCCACCUACUGCUAUGAGUGUGAGGGGCUGCUGUGGGGCAUCGCCCGUCAGGGCAUGAGGUGCUCCGAGUGCGGGGUCAAGUGUCACGAGAAGUGCCAGGAGCUGCUGAAUGCUGACUGCCUGCAGCGUGCUGCGGAGAAGAGUUCAAAGCAUGGGGCUGAGGAUCGUACCCAGAACAUCAUCAUGGCCAUGAAGGACCGCAUGAAGAUCAGGGAGAGGAACAAGCCGGAGAUCUUUGACAUGAUCCGGGAUGUGUUUGUCAUCAGCAAGGCGAUCCACGCUCAGCAGAUGAAGACCAUCAAACAGAGUGUACUGGACGGAACCUCCAAGUGGUCGGCCAAGAUCACCAUCACAGUACUGUGUGCCCAGGGACUGCAGGCCAAAGAUAAGACAGGUUCCAGCGACCCCUAUGUCACGGUCCAGGUGGGCAAGACCAAGAAGAGGACCAAGACCAUCUACGGUAACCUCAACCCUGUCUGGGAGGAGAACUUCCACUUCGAGUGUCAUAACUCGUCGGACCGUAUCAAGGUGCGUGUGUGGGACGAGGAUGAUGACAUCAAGUCCCGGGUGAAACAGCGUCUGAAGAGAGAGUCCGAUGACUUCCUGGGUCAGAGCAUCAUCGAGGUCCGCACGCUCAGCGGAGAGAUGGACGUCUGGUACAACCUGGAGAAGAGGACAGACAAGUCAGCCGUGUCUGGGGCCAUCCGUCUCCAGAUUAGCGUGGAGAUCAAGGGAGAGGAGAAAGUAGCUCCCUACCACGUCCAGUACACCUGUCUACACGAGAACCUGUUCCACCACUCAACAGACAUUCUGGGCCAGGGGGUAGUGAGGAUCCCCGACGCUAAAGGAGACGAUGCCUGGAAGGUGUACUUUGACGAGGUGUCCCAGGAGAUAGUGGAUGAGUUUGCCAUGCGCUACGGGAUCGAGUCCAUCUACCAGGCCAUGACAAACUUUGCCUGCCUCUCCUCUAAGUACAUGUGUCCUGGUGUUCCCGCUGUGAUGAGCACCCUGCUCGCCAACAUCAAUGCCUUCUACGCCCACACUACCGCUUCCACCAACGUCUCAGCCUCUGACCGCUUUUCCGCCUCCAACUUUGGAAAAGAGCGCUUUGUCAAGCUCUUGGAUCAACUCCACAACUCCUUACGCAUUGACCUGUCCACAUACAGGAACAACUUUCCUGCCAGCAGUAAGGACCGUCUCCAAGACCUCAAGUCCACUGUAGACCUCCUGACUAGCAUCACCUUCUUCAGGAUGAAGGUCCAGGAACUGCAGAGUCCCCCCAGAGCCAGUCAGGUGGUGAGGGACUGUGUCAAGGCCUGUCUCAACUCCACCUACGACUACAUCUUCAACAACUGCCAGGAGCUGUACAGCCGCCAGUACCAGCUGCUGGACACACACAAAGAGGAUCUUUCCCUGGAGGAGCAGGGCCCCAGCAUCAAGAACCUGGACUUCUGGCCCAAACUGAUCACCCUCAUCGUCUCCAUCGUAGAGGAGGACAGGAACUCCUACACACCCGUCCUCAGCCAGUUCCCUCAGGAGCUGAAUGUGGGUAAGGUGUGUGCUGAGGUCAUGUGGAUGCUGUUCUCCCAGGACAUGAAGUAUGCCAUGGAGGAGCAUGAGAAGAACCGGCUGUGUAAGAGUGCUGACUACAUGAACCUGCACUUCAAGGUCAAGUGGCUGUACAACGAGUAUGUGAAGGACCUGCCAAACUUCAAUAGGGUUGUCCCCGACUACCCAUCGUGGUUCUUACAGUUUGUGCUUCAGUGGCUGGAUGAGAAUGAGUAUGUUUCCAUGGAGUUCAUGCAUGGAGCUCUAGAGAGAGACAAGAAAGAUGGAUUCCAGCAGACAUCUGAGCAUGCUCUUUUCUCCUGCUCGGUGGUGGACGUCUUCACCCAGCUCAACCAGAGCUUUGAGAUCAUCAAAAAACUGGACUGUCCUGACCCCAAGGUCAUGGCUCAUUACAGCCGACGAUUCGCCAAGACUAUUGCCAAAGUUCUUCUGCAGUACAGUGCCAUUCUGACCAAGAGCUUCCCCUCCUACUCUGACAAAGAGAAGAUUACGUGUGUACUGAUGAAUAAUGUGCAGCAGUUGCGUAUCCAGCUGGAGAAGAUGUUUGAGUCCAUGGGUGCCAAACGGCUGGACCCAGACGCUAGUGAACUCCUGAACGAGCUUCAGGUCAAGCUGAACAAUGUGCUGGAUGAGCUGAGUAUCACAUUUGGAAACAGUUUCCAGGUCCAUAUUGAUGACUGUAUGAGACAGAUGGCCUCUCUGCUGUAUCAGAUCAAGGGCCCAGUCAACGCCAACAGCCGCAACAUGGUGGAGGCCGACUCCGACAACAUGCUGCGGCCGCUCAUGGACUUCCUGGAUUCAAAGUUGACGCUGUUUGCCACGGCGUGUGAGAAGACGGUUCUGAAGCGGGUUCUGAAGGAGCUGUGGAGGAUUGUGAUGAGCAGCCUGGAGAAGACCAUUGUCCUUCCGCAAGGAAAUGGCACCUUUGGUUCUCAGAUCCUGUCUGCAGCCAAGGAACUGGGACAGCUCUCCAAGCUCAAGGAUCAUAUGGCAGGAGAGGCCAAAAGCCUGACCCCUAAACAGUGUGCUGUCAUCGAUAUAGCACUGGACACAAUCAAGCAAUACUUCCAUGCUGGAGGAAACGGUCUGAAGAAGGCGUUCCUGGAGAAGAGUUCUGAGUUGACCUCACUACGCCACGCUCUGUCCCUCUACACACAGACCACAGACACACUCAUCAAGACCUUUGUCACAACACAACACGCACAAGGCUCAGGAGUGGACAAGCCAGUUGGAGAGAUAUCCAUACAGAUUGACCUAUUCACCCAUCCUGGGACUGGGGAGCACAAAGUCACUGUCAAAGUGGUGGGAGCCAAUGAUCUGAAGUGGCAGACGUCUGGGAUGUUCCGGCCCUUCGUGGAGAUCACCAUGAUCGGACCCCACCUCAGUGACAAGAAGCGCAAGUUCCAAACCAAGUCCAAGAACAACAGCUGGGCGCCCAAGUUCAACGAGACCUUCCACUUUGUCCUGGGCAACGAGGAUGGCUUUGAGUGCUACGAGCUUCAGAUGUGUGUGAAGGACUACUGCUUUGGUCGUGCUGACCGGGUGCUGGGCAUGGCUGUGAUGCAGCUGAGGGACGUGGCAGAGAAAGGCAGCGUGGCGUGCUGGUGCCCUCUGGGCCAGAGUGUCACCAUGGAUGAGACAGGCCUCACCGCCAUGCGCAUCCUCUCCCAGCGUUCAAACGACGAGGUGGCCAAGGAGUUCGUCAAGCUCAAGUCUGAGAUGCGUUCUGCGGAGGAGGGCAGAUGAGUUCUCCCUAAAGGAGGGGAGGAGUGUGAAGGGCCUCUAGUAAAGACAAGUGGAGAGGGAUGGGAGAACCUUCAUGUCACAGAAGGAAAGCCGCUCGACUACUACUUUGGACUAAUUAAUGUUUCCUGGCUGCUACUGGCUGUUUGAUGGAUACUGGUUCACCAACAUACGGUCACUAUUUAUCACACUCCCCUUAUGAAUCUCUCACUCACUCACUAUAUCAUUCACACACACAGUUUCUCUUUCACUCAGUGGUUAUUACUCACACGAUACUGUACUUCCUGUGGGUCUGCCAGUCUUGCGCUAUGGACAUGCCAUGGGCAUUAUAUGCCAGUCACCUCCCUGCCAGCCUGUAUGUACUUCAGUACAGGGUCUCCCCCUCAUCCCACAAAUGUUUGUCAUGUGCAAUACCCCCCCCCCCCACCAACUGGCCGUACAUUUGAUGCCUUACACUUUGGAAGCUGUGAAUGUGUGAAGUUUAGACUGUAACCUAUAGUACAAAACGGUUUAUUAAUCUUCCUCAAUCUCACUUUCGUGCUCUUCAGGAUCCAUGUUAAAGUCUCAUCGAUGCUACUUUAAGGGUCCAAACACGGGAUGUCUUGUUAAUGUUGGUGCAUCGGUCAAGGUAGAGUCACCUGGUUUCUAUCCUUUUGACUUCUACCACAUGUCAAGUACCCUGCUCCUAAAUAUAGUGUACAAAUCCACUGGUUUCUGCUGUAGAAAAGGGAAGUGGGGUUUUUUUGUAUUGAAAGUGGUGCCUUGUGGUGUUUCUGAAGUGAUUUUACAUUUGAGUCAUCCACCUAUUUUCUGACUUGAGGUACUGUAAUGCCAACAGCACUCCAAUGCAAAGGGAUUGUAAGUUAUGUGUGCCCUGCCAGGAAUUGGGCUCUUAUUCCUGACCCAUUAAUCCCGUAAGUGUACAGUGUUGACUUUGAAUGAGUAUUUUCUAUAAUGCUUUUGAGUCUAAAUUCAAUCAAAUUGAUUUAUAAAGCCCUUCUUAUAUCAGCAUAUGUCACAAAGUGCUGUACAGAAACCCGGCCUAAAACCCCAAACAGCAAGCAUGCAGGUGUAGGAGCACGGUGGCUUGGAAAAACUCCCUAGAAAGGCCAGAACCUAGGAAGAAACCAAGAGGAACCAGGCUAUGAGGGGUGGCCAGUCCUCUUCUAGCUGUGCUGGGUGGAGAUUAAUUGACAUCAACAUCCUCAACCCAAGGGCUGCCUUCAGUAGAGAGAGAAACUUCCAUUAAGGAUAGGUGUAGAUGUGAGCACUUUUAAUCGCUUAUUACAGUACAUCAAAGUGCAGUGGCAUAUGGAGGGCCCUGUCUUAAACGUUGUAAUCACUAGGAAAUAACCCUGGUGAAGACAUUUAAAACAUGUUUUACAAACAUUUGGCUGUUGCCAACCCUCAAUGACAGACAUUUUAUUUAUCUUUUUUUUUCAUGUAUUUAUUCCAGAUGACGAAUGGGGUCUACUAUUGCAAACAAAGAGGGCUACUAGAUAGCAUUUGAGUAUUGUUUGCAGUGGUUGUUUUGAAUGUCUUUGUGCUGCAGUACUCUACAGAUACUAACUGGACCUAGAGGAUAGUUUGGGACCAGAGGAGUUUAAACAGUUUUUGUCUCCGUUGAGGAAAAAACAAUUAUUUUCCAGCUAUGUUUCCUUGUAUCUCUGAGUGGCCUUGCUACUGUGAUGAUAAUAGAAGCUGUCUAUAUAAUACCUGUUUUACCCCGUAUUUGCCCAAAAUCAACUGUAUUUAAUAAUUUUGAAGGAUUUAUAUUUGUUUAAUAUUUGUUGAGAUGUAGUUAUUCUCUAGUCUUUUUAACAUUUUACAUUGAAAAUGUGUGUAUCCCUCUUUUGGAAACAUGGAAUGAUGGUGGAGCUGUUCAGUAAAGUGUGAUGCAUGCCAGUCAACUUCCUCAUUGAAAUGAGGGGAGAAAAAAAUCACACUCGUACUGAAAAUACUUUUGAAUUUGUCAAGUAACACUGCCAUUGUCCGUACAAUUAUAGUCAGUUUUUUUAAUAGGAAACCACUGCAAAAUUACACACUGCAGAAGUUAUAUCUACAUUACAUUACAUUUACAUUAAAAUAAAUGUAAGUUAUAUCUGGGCUUUAUAUACAGUAUCUCCUGUACCAAUGUGAAGUCCUACAUCUUUUGGGCUGUUGAUUUAGGGGAAAAUGUCUACCUUUAAGGAAGGCGCUGCCACUCUAACAUACAUGUUCCUUGUGCCAAGCUGUCCCCAAGUGUUCACUUUUUAUAAUUUCAUUCUGUUUUUAAUACAUUGUUUUUUUUUUUACUUGUGAACUUUUGCACUAUUAUUAAAUCACUACAAUAGUUAGCACGUAUAGUAUAUCAGUCAAAGUACUACUGGAAAACAUUUGGUAUUGAUCAUUAAAAUGUGUACAUUCCAAUUUAUGAAUUUUGUAUAAAGUAUUUAAGAAAUAUCUGUU